AUUAUUGAACUCUUGUUUCUUAUCAUCCGAGGCUAAUGACUGUGUGCUCAGAUUUACAACAUAUCUCGAAGUCUCACAGGCCUUGAGCCUCGAGUGACCCGACCCCCACCAGCAUGAAUGUCCCAGCACACACACACACCCGCCUUCACAGAUAAACCUUGACAGCUGUAGUGUGCGACAGGAGAGCCGCUAUUUUGGUCUUUCACCCAGCCAGAAAGAGAGCUGGAUCACUCACGGCCACGGAAAGUUCUGGAUCGGUGGCCUCCAGACUACUAAAGACCUUCGAGCGCUCCAGGAAGGAAGAGGAGUCAACAUGACGCUGCUGUGCUACAACAAAGGCUGCGGGCAGACAUUUGAGGCGGACAAGAACGAGGAUGAUUCAUGUGUCUUCCAUCCUGGAAUCCCCAUCUUCCACGAUGCCCUAAAGGGUUGGUCAUGCUGCCGCAAGAGGACCACAGACUUCUCCGAGUUCCUCUCCAUCAAGGGCUGCACCCGUGGGCACCAUAGCAACGAGAGGCCCUGUGAACCUCUUGUACCUGAGGUGUCAUCAGACAAGGCGGCCAGCAAACAUGUCAAUGGGCAGGAGAUCAUCUACAAGGGACCCAAAUCCGCUGAGAAGCUGAAGAGAGAGAGACCAAGUUCAGACCAGCCAAAGACCAAACUGCCUGUCAAAGUGUCACCGUCCCUGGCCAAGGAGCUGGAGAAACUGGAUAUCAGCGCAAGAGCUGAGAAUGCAAAGAAAGAGAGUCAUGGUGUGGUGCCAGGGACAAGAUGCAAGAAUGCUGGAUGCAAAACAGUCUAUGAAGGCCCAGAAACGGAGGCGGGGGUCUGCACUCAUCACUGUGGAGGGCCAGUCUUCCAUGAGGGUUACAAGUACUGGAGUUGCUGCUGUAUCAAGACAAUUGACUUCAACGCCUUCCUGGACCAGAAGGGCUGCACAACAGGGAAACACUGCUGGCUCCCCAAGCAGGACAAGAAGAAGGUGGCGUGUCGACACGACUGGCACCAGACGGCGAACAAUGUUGUGGUGAGCAUCUACGCCAAGAACACCAACCCAGAGAUCAGCAGCAUCGAGGCCAACGGGACAGUGGUUUCAUGUCAGAUCCAGUUUGAAAACGACAAGCUUUUCCGGAGGGACUUCCACCUUUGGGGGGUCAUCAACAUCCAACGCAGCUCCGUUAACAUGAUCCCCUCCAAAGUGGAGAUCAACCUCUGUAAGGCCGACCAGGUGGCGUGGGGGAAACUGGAGGACCCCACCUACAAGCCGCAGCCGGAGCCCGCGGAGGACACGGCGGUCGAGGUCCUCGAGGCGCAGCGCCCGGACUGGGACAUCGACGAUGACGACAUCAGCGACUCGGACGAGGAGUGGGCCGACGAUGCGCCGCCGAAGGACACGCAGGAGAUGGCGGCGUGCGAGGGCGAGAGGCGGGUGGAUGGAGAAGACGUGCAGAAUGAACAGAGGAGAGAGGUGGAGCAGGAGAUGAGGAGAGCCAUGGAGGACAAAAGGAAGAGCGAGGAGGAGAGGAGGAAGCUGGAGGAGCUGAGGCGUCAGGAGGAGGAAGGUUACGAAGAAAUGCCCGAUUUAGAGUAAAACUUCAACAUUUACAUUUUUUUUUUAUGACAUUUCAAUCUGAAAGUUUGCAUGCAAUAAAUCAUUUUCUUUUUUA